AUGCGGCUCUCUCCAAUCUACGCGCUAUCAUGGGCUCUUCAGGCCUCAGCUACCAUUCUGCAGAAUGGUCAGGUCCGAGAAGAUCCAUACCCUGGCCAGGCUAAGGCUAUUUCGUUGGAUGAUGGCUCUUGGCGAACAUAUCAGCCGGAUGCGUCGGAGAUCGCGUACAAGGGAAGAUGGGAUAGUAAAUAUGUUUCUUGUGAGCCAUCCCGUGCUGAUUACAUCAUUUGGGUCUUACUUCCGGGUAUCAAACUUGGGUUUACGGGCGAGCAGCUUGCUUCACAAACUGGGGCUAUGGAUAAGUUCAUCGAUCCAUCAUCGAGGUGUCUACUGACCUUUCGCACAGUUCAAUUGGCUGGUGUCUCGGUCGCUUCGGAUUCGCAGCUUGUCACGGUCCCUCAAUACAACAAGACUGUGGAAAUCAUCGGUGAUUCCUUCGCAUCGGGACAAUAUGGUACUUACGAAGGACUUUCCUCAUGGGCAUACAACUACGCCGCUGGGUUAGGCGACGUCGAAUACUCGAUCACCGCAUACCCCGGUAUCUGCUUGACGGAUGAACAAUGCUACGCGGACAAGGCGCGCGGGAUGACACACCAAUGGUUCUACGCCUCCGAUGCAGGUGUGCGUGCGAAUGCCACCUACGGAAACCAACCCGAGAAGUGGGAUUUCAGUGCCCAUCGAGCGGCAGAUCUCGUCAUCAUUGACCUGGGUACCAACGACCACCGAGCCGUAAAUGACAUUCCCGGCUCGACCUUCUAUGACAGCUACGUCGAGCUCGUGACCAGCGUGCAUGAAACAUGGCCAGACGCGCAGAUAGUUAUCAUGUCCCUUUGGGGCAACUUCACCCGGUCAGGCGACACCUACGUCCAAUCCCCCUUCUACGUCUCUGAGAUCCAGCGCGUGGCCGAGCAUUUCCAGGACGACGGAUUCGUGUAUUACUUCGACACCAAGGGCGUCCUCCAGCACAACGACAUCGACCCUCAAGAGCACCCGACCGACGUCGGCCACAUCAAAGUCGCCAGCCACUUGAUGCAAUGGACCAAGCUCAAACUCGGAUGGGAAUUUGGAGCCACAGGACCCGAAGUCCAGCACGACACGCUGUACUGGAACAACGAGGAUAGUUAUCGGCGAUCCUUCACCGGCAGCUACUGA